GCAGCCGGUGCAGCCGGCCGCACUCAAGAUGGGCACCGCGGGCAAGGUUAUAAAAUGCAAGGCUGCUAUUGCCUGGGAAGCCAAUAAACCAGUUUCUGUUGAGGAGGUAGAGGUUGCACCUCCAAAAGCACGUGAAGUUCGUGUUAAGAUAGUAGCCACAGGAAUAUGUCGCACGGAUGACCAUGUUCUCAAAGGUUCUUUACCAAAUAUAAAUUACCCAGUUAUUCCUGGCCAUGAAGGUGCUGGGAUUGUGGAGAGUAUUGGAGAAGGAGUGACUUGUGUGAAACCAGGAGACAAAGUCAUCCCUCUGUGUCUUCCCCAGUGUGGGGAAUGCAGUUCCUGUUUGAAUCCUGACACCAACUGUUGCCUGAAGACACACCUCUAUGAAUCACAGAACCUCAUGCCGGACAACACCAGCCGAUUCACAUGCAAAGGGCAACGGAUUUACCAUUUCCUGUGGAUCAGCACUUUCUCAGAGUACACAGUAAUGCCUGAUUCUGCCAUUGCAAAAAUUGAUGAUGAUGCUCCUCUGGAUAAAGUCUGUCUGUUUGGCUGUGGAUUUUCCACUGGUUAUGGUGCUGCCAUUAAUACUGCCAAGGUUAAACCUGGUUCUACUUGUGCUGUCUUUGGAUUGGGAGGAGUUGGCCUCUCUGUCGUCAUGGGCUGUAAAUCAGCCGGUGCUGCCAGGAUCAUUGGGAUAGACAUCAACAAAAAUAAAUUUGUGAAGGCUAAAGAGUUAGGUGCCACAGAAUGCAUAGACCCUCAGGACUUGAAGAAACCUGUUCAGGAGGUGCUGGUUGAGAUGACUGACCAUGGUGUGGACUAUUCCUUUGAAGUCAUUGGACGUGUAGAUACUAUGACAGCUGCCCUGGAAUCCUGCCACAUGGGUUCUGGCACCUGUGUAAUGGUUGGAACACCUCCUGCAGGAUCACGGAUAUCCUUUGACCCUAUGUUGCUGUUUACUGGACGUACCUGGAAAGGGAGUUUUAUUGGAGGUUGGAAGACUAAGGAUUCUAUCCCCAAGUUAGUGUCUGGUUACAUGGAGAAGAAGUUUAAUCCAGAUGUGCUAAUAACCCACACUUUACCAUUUGAAAAAAUCAGUGAAGGGUUUGAAUUGUUAUGCUCAGGAAAGAGUAUUCGCAGCAUCCUUCUCUUUUAAGCUUCAGAGCAAUGGUAUUUCAUCCCGUAUCGACUCUUCUGUGAUUUCUUUGCUAUUAAGGAUUAUAAGCAUAGCAAGAGUGAUGGACUCUUUGAUUUGAUAAAGCAUAAUUUGCAAAAGAGCAUCAGCUUUAAUAACUGACACACCUUUUACAAGAAAGCAAUCCUCCAACCAGGAUUUAAAGUUCAGGAAGAUACAGAGAGGCCUUACCUGCAUAGACUCCAGCUACGCAAUUAAGAGUGUAUCUUAAAUUAUGUUUCUGUGCUGUCGGAGGGGGGUGUGCGUACGGCAACCUGUGCAUGUUGUGCAGAGACAGAAAGGAAUAUAACAGGUUCUGUCUCAGCUCUGGGGUGGGGACAGGUAGGUGCUCAGAAGGGACGAGCCCUUCAAAUCCGGCAUAGUGAGGGAAUAAAUAAAUUCUUUUUUUCCCCACA